AUGGCCAUUCCACUCCCCCUCCCCAUUCCAACACUGCCCGUAUGGGCAAACAGCACUGCUAUGGAUGGGAAGACGGCCUAUUACAACAUCGCCCAUGCCCAAGCCUUCAUCAACACUGCCGAAGCACGACUGCAAGAGGCCCUGCCUCACGUUGAUGAGUGGGAGCACGGCGACUUUGUGAAUAAAGUGAUGGGGGAAGUGGAUCAAGCUUACGAACCUGCUGUGGCUCUGUACGCCCGCUUCCCUGACCUCAUGCCGACCCCUGUCUUGUUUGACGUGUUCCGCAACCGCGACUACGUUGCUGCCAUCGCCAACUUCAAUGGCGCUGCAGACGUUGAUGCCGGCGUAUACGCCACGUGGCGAUGUGCAAACCCCGAGGCGUUCCUGGACCUGGGUGAUGACCGUUGGUGGGAACCGCCUUCAUACCCUUCGCCUCGAGCGGCUUCGCCGCCGGCCUCAGUAUCAGACAACGGCCGCGGACGGCGCCAAAAGAUGGCAUGCGUAAUGAUUGAGCCGCCGACGGUGCGAAGCAGGUCGUCGGUAAAGAGAGCAGGCACUGCAUGCCGAAGUGACCAGGGCAGCAAUGGCAAUGAUGAUGAGGAUGGCCCAAACCCGCGCUGCGUCUCCACCAGCGGUGACAAUGGCCCUGGCGCUGACGAUGGCGUUGCAGCCUACGACGACGACAACUUGGAAGAGAUCUCUGUCGGCGACCCUGGCUCCGUCGGGCUCACAAACAAACAACGCGAGGCCCGACAGAGGACGCUUGACCGAUUGGCCACCUACUACGAGGGAAGCAAACGAUGUUCACGCUGCAUUGAAAAGCAUCGCAAGUGCCGCGUUGAAUAUGAUCAAGUCAUAUGCAACGGCUGUCGCCGAAAUCGCAAGAGGUGCGAUGCGAGGUUCAAAGCGGCUGGCGAUGAUGGGGCGGCUCCGCCCGACAAACGCCCAUCUAAACGCCCGAGGUCAACUGCUUCGAAGCAACCGAGUAGGUCUGGUGCAUCAGGUAAGAAGCCCAAGGCAUUGCCACGGGCACCAGCACCAAAGCAAGAGAAAACAGAGAAGAAGGAGAGGAAGGAGAAGAAGAAAUACGUGCCAGUGGCGCAGCGGAAGAGGAUCUCAAUUGGACACCGUAGCGAAAGUCAAAUCCGUGAACGGGAACGCAAAUCAAAACGGGACUUCCGAUAUGUCACUCCCAACUCUGACGAUGAAGUCGACCAGCUGCUGGAUGACAGCGACUGCUCACCGGCGCCUGCGAGCGGCAACGUGCCCAAUCCGGCAGCGACCGCUGGCGCUGAUCCCUUGCGGAACAAUCCGUCGGCGACAUCGCUGUCGGCGACAUCGCUGCUAUCUAUGGACUCAUGGACCUUAGCAGCGAGCAACAACGCCGAGCGCGAGCUCCUCCGCUUGUUGCAACGCCUCGACAGUGACGGCGAGGCCAUCGCUUGUCGCCUACACCGACUGGCGGUCCGGGCUACAGAAUGGAAAUGGGAUGAGUCGGCGACUCAACAUAUAUAG